GCGUAGAUGUGGGAGGGGACGACGAACUCCGGAGCAGCAGAGGGGAGGGAUGGAGGGAUGUGACGUGAGAGAGCGGGAGUAUGGAAACUGAUGUCUGCAGGCUGAACCGCGUUGGAUAAUCCUCCCUCUCCUCUCCCUCUGUGUCAGCACCUCACAUUCCCGGUGAUGCCGCUCUGAGCAGACGCCGCCGGAGGAGAAGCAGCGGAAAGCUGCAGCCCAUCACAAACACCCGCCUGCCCCGCAGCCGGGGGAAGAUUCAGCGACGGACACGACGGAAAUGUAAGAGAUCUGCAAACAUCUGCCUGGACGACUCCUCCCUCAUCGCUCCUGGUGUUUAUCUCCAUCGCUGCAGCAGUGUAGGCGCCCCCUCCCACCACCGCCGCCAACCUUACACGUGUGGGUGUCCAGAGAGUGCCGAGAGGACCCGGAGACGCCAUGAACAGCCAGGACAAGUGGGUCACGCUGACCCCUGCUGAAUUCGCUUUGCUGCAGGAGUACACUCAGUAUUCAACCAAAAAGCUGAAGGAUGUGCUGCAGGAGUUUCAUGGAGAUGGAAUUCUGGCCAAAUACAACCCAGAGGAGAAACAAGAAAUACUCAACCAGGAGAUCGACUACAAAGGCUUUAGGGUCUUCAUGCAAACCUUCCUGGAGAGUGAACUCCCCGAGGAAUUCUGCCAGCACCUCUUCUUGUCGUUUAGCAACAAGGGACCCAAACCCAGUCCUUCAUCUCUGGACAAGCCUCGAGUCUCUGGACUGAAGCUGAUCAAAGCCAACUCCACCCCUCUGAAGACCCCGACCCUCCCCAGGCCUGUGGACUCGGUGCAGCUUAAGGACAUCGUGUUUUACCUGUCACUGUUGGAGGGGGGGCGUCCUGAGGACAAACUGGAGUUCAUGUUUCGCCUCUACGACACCGACGGAAACGGCUCUCUGGACAGCUCGGAGCUGGAGCACAUCAUCUCCCAGAUGAUGCGGGUGGCAGAGUACCUGGAGUGGGACGUGACCGAACUCAAACCUAUCCUCCAGGAAAUGAUGCAGGAGAUCGACUACGACCAGGACGGCACGGUGUCGCUGGAGGAGUGGAUCCAGGGGGGGCUGACCACCAUCCCGCUGCUCGUCCUGCUGGGCCUGGAGACGAACGUCAAAGACGACGGGCAGCACGUGUGGAGACUGAAGCACUUCAACAAACCGGCCUACUGCAACCUGUGUCUCAACAUGCUGAUCGGUCUGGGCAAGCAGGGACUCUGCUGCUCCUUCUGCAAGUACACCGUCCACGAGCGCUGCGUUGGCCGAGCUCCUCAUUCCUGCAUCAAAACGUACGUGAAGUCAAAGAAAAACACAGAGAUCAUGCAUCAUUUCUGGGUGGAGGGGAACUGCCCCACCAAGUGUGACAAGUGUCACAAAACCAUUAAGUGUUACCAAGGCCUGACUGGGCUCCACUGUGUGUGGUGUCAAAUAACGCUCCAUAACAAGUGUGCCUCCCACGUCAAACCCGAGUGUGACUGCGGACCCCUGAAGGAUCACAUCCUGCCCCCCAACUCCAUCUGCCCCAUCGUCUUGGAACGGCAGUCCACUCUGAGGAAGGACUCCCGAUCCAGUCAGUCGGGGCGAGGAAAGAUGCAGCGGGCCAACUCGGUCACGGUGGACGGACAAGGACUGCAGAUCACAACAAUAGAGGGCACUCAUCCUCUGCUGGUGUUUGUCAAUCCGAAGAGCGGGGGGAAGCAGGGGGAGAGGAUUUACAGGAAGUUCCAGUAUCUGCUGAACCCGAGACAAGUGUACAACCUGGCCAAGAACGGACCCAUGCCGGGGCUGAACUUCUUCAGGGACCUUCCUGACUGCAGGGUGUUGGCGUGUGGAGGAGACGGCACCGUGGGAUGGAUCCUGGACUUUAUCGAUAAGGCCAACAUGGACAAGAACCCACCUGUGUGCAUCCUUCCUCUUGGCACGGGCAACGACCUGGCCAGGUGUCUGCGAUGGGGAGGAGGUUACGAGGGCGAGAGCCUCUUCAAGAUCCUGCGGGACAUCGAGAACAGCACCCAGGUGAUGCUGGACCGCUGGAAGAUCGACGUGACGCCUGCUGACAAAGAGGAGCGCGGCGACCCGGUGCCCUACAGCAUCAUCAACAACUACUUCUCCAUCGGAGUGGACGCCUCAAUCGCACAUCGGUUCCACGUCAUGAGGGAGAAGCAUCCGGAGAAGUUUAACAGCAGAACAAAGAACAAGCUGUGGUACUUUGAGUUCGGCACGUCGGAAACCUUUUCGGCCACAUGUAAGAAGCUCCACGACUUUCUGGAGGUUGAGUGUGACGGCGUUAUUCUGGACCUGAGCAGCAUCUCCUUAGAAGGAAUCGCCAUUCUCAACAUUCCCAGCAUGCACGGGGGCUCCAACCUUUGGGGCGAGAGCAAGAAGAGGAGGGGUCACCGCAAAGGUGGAAAGAAGAGCCAAGAGAAGAGGACGCCGGUGCUCGAUCCCAAAGAGCUCAUGUUCGCCGUUCAAGAUUUGUCCGACCAGCUUCUGGAGGUGGUGGGGCUGGAAGGCGCCAUGGAGAUGGGUCAGAUCUACACGGGCCUGAAGAGUGCAGGGAGACGCCUGGCCCAGUGCUCCUCAGUGACCAUCAGGACGAGUAAAUCUCUUCCCAUGCAGAUUGACGGAGAGCCUUGGAUGCAGACUCCCUGCACGAUUGAGAUCGUCCACAAGAACCAGGCCCCCAUGCUGAUAGGACCACCUCAGAGCCGGAGCUUCUUCUCCUCCGUCCUCAGACGAAGACGCGCCGACAGCAAAGACUGAAGGCCUCCGAGAUCCCUCACCUGUUCCUCUGACGUGCCCUCAGAGCGGCUCAGAUACAGCCGGCGUGGGAAACGGCGAAGGAGGAGGAGCCGGUCUACUGCAUGUAAUGUCCUUUCUACUGUAAGACUUUCUAGAAGUGCUUUUAAGUUGUCGUGCUCCGUGACGUGGAGAGAAGCCACAGAUGAACGUGUCGGUGAUUACUGUAUAUUUCAAUAGAAAUUGUAUUUAUUUUUGCACAUUUGGUUGUUAUUUAUGUUUUCUAAAGUUUUGCUGGUUUCCAUGCAUGAAGGGAGACUCGACUGUGAUUUCUAAGGACCGAAUGUCGUUUUUUUCUUCCACUUUUUAAAGACGGAACUUUGGUGAAGCGUCUGAUGCUUCACCAACACAUUUAUAGUUGAAUCCAAACCUCUGCUCUGCUCACGGAUGCAGAAAAGCUCCGUUCAUAAGGCCUUUCUCUGAGUCCAGACGACAUUUUGAUGCUUUAUUCUCCAAACACGAACAUGAAUCCUUUCUCCCUCCUGCAGGCGUCGGUUUGGUUUACAGAUAAAUCCUGAAUGUUAACAGUCUGAGGAUCAUAACUGACUGGAUUUGACAUUUAUCUCAUUAAAGUAGAUUUUCUAUUCUGACGGUUUGUUGAAAGCAGAGUCCUGCAUGUUUUUUUCACGUUUCUUAGAGGCUGGAUCGUCCGGUAAAGUGCCACUAAAAGUCUGUUUCUUUGUACAGCCAGCUUGUAUUUUUGUUCAUUAUUCUGGAACUCACACCCUGUUCAAAAAAGAAGUUGGGCCCGCUGACGAAACCUAAGAUGGAAACCAUUAAAGAGGGAAAAAGAUGG